AUGUCUGAUUUGACUCCAUUAUUCCAACAAUGUGUAAGUAUUGUGGAAACAUCACAACUAGCUGGAGAUUCUCGUAAGAGGAAGGCGGCUAGGGGUGAUAAAGAAAAUAGUUCAACCAAAUCAUCAGGAUUCCAUAUACAAGAUACCUUUUUAAAGGAAUGCUUGGAAUAUAGAGUACUUCUAGCCCAAUUAGAUGGCUUUGUCACUGAGGUACGCCCUCAUUACCUUGAAGUUCACGACCAAUCAAGUGUGGUGAGAGGUAAUAACGCUCUUUCAAUCGAGGAUAAAAAUAAAAUUGAUGAAGAUUUCCAGUUUAAAGUACAGCAACUUUAUGAAAAGUUGAAGGUUUUGCAGACAUAUGAACAGAAGAGAAGACAAGUGGAACACUCAAAGAAGGAUAAGGGGAUGCUUUCAGCGAUUUUUGGUCUGGAACAAGAUGACGACAUGGAAUUGUUCUGGACAACUAUUGCAGUUCAUAGAACCCAAAUAUUAAAAUCAUUGAAUGAGCUCACGAAUGGGGUUGGUAAAAAAUUCGAACAAUUACAAAGGAAAAGGUUCAAGAGAGAAAGAGAUUUAAACUUAUUGAACUUCCAGAAUUUAAACGAAGGUGUAGGAGAUGACUUGGAGGUAGAUAUGAACACCACAUCCACCUCCUGGAAAGACUACAUUGAUCAAGAAAUCCAAGAGACAGAGGAAGAUAUGCCACAAGAAACCCCAGGACUCUCCCAGCAAUUUUUACAAGAGCUUUCACAAGAAAAUUCUGCUCUUCUUUCGCUCAAGGAGACUCAACUUACACAGGUGGAGAAACUUCGAACUUCAAUGAUGGAUAUAGUUAAUCUUCAAACCGAGCUUUCUUUUCAAUUGGAGGCUCAGCUGGAGCAGAUUGAAUCGCUUCUUGAUAACCAGGGUCAGAUAGAGAUGGAUGUGCGACUGGGUAACCAAAGUUUGAAUAAGGCCACCUCGCGAAAUAAAACUGGUUCCCGCAUCAUUAUAACUACCAGUAUUGUGGUUGCAUUCUUAAUAUUGUUUUUGGACUAUAUAUCUUAA